CAGCCCCCGCUGAGUUUCCCCACGCGCCUUUCGGAUGCUGUGAACUUUCCACCAAGCCUCCUCCCUCGGAUUCCCGGUGCGGAUAACAGAAGGGACUCGGGGACCCCGGACCGGAAGGCAAUGCAGCGCUGGCCCGGGAUGCGGGCGAGCAGACUGAGCAGAGCCAGGGGAGGGCGGAGCCGGGUCGGCACCGGCUCGGGAUCCCAGGAGCCAGCGGGGAGCUGCGGCCGCGGACCCUCAGGCGUCCUUGGAACCGUGUGAAUUCCGCCCCCACCUGCUGAAUGCACCGCUGGUCUCAGGGGGCUGAAGGAGCAGCCGGAGCAGCCCUGCCGACCCCGCCCCGGGCCCCUGGGACGCAUGACUCUCUCCACCUUGGGUGGCCCAGGCAGUGGGUGUCGCGUGGGGUCCUCCCCUUUCUGGGAAGCACAGAGCCUCCCUGGAGCUCCGAGGGGUCACUAAGGCUGAGGACUGUGGCUCGCAGCUGGAGCGUGGAGACUGUCCUCCUUGGGGCUCCCGGCUCAGCACCCCCAACCAGGACCUCCUCUGCCUUCAGCUGGGCCACCAGCAGAACCGGCCUCUGCGGCCUCCCUCCGAUGCUGCAGACCCAGGUGCAGCCCUGGCUUCCUCAUCUGCCCCAGGCUGGAUACAGGGCUUAAGUUUCCUCAGAAGAAGUGCCAGGACCUUUAAGGGCCCUACCUCCCAGCCCCCUCCAGGCAUCAAGAGGAAGCGUCCAGCAGGCAUGGGUGGCAGGGGCACCAAAGAGCUGCAGGGACCCUCCUGGGUCCUGCUGGCAGCCGCUCCAGGGCCAGCCUUGCUCUCUUCCUUUCUCGAGUUUUGAUCAUCUUCCCCAGACCGUGGGGGAUCCCAGCAGGGUUCCUGGAUCCCUAAGCUCCCAAGGUGACUUCCUGUGGCGCUUGGGGGUCCCCAGGCGAGGCUGGUACCAUGGGGCCACGUGGCCAGAAGCCCCACCUUCAGGACUGGGGCCUCUGAUGCCACUGCCUCCCCAGGCACUGACUUGGCUCCCUGCACACUGCCUGAUGGGCCCCCUUCAGUCUUGCCGGUGCCAGCUGCCCAAGAUGGGUGAUACCUGGGCUCAGCUCCCCUGGCCUGGGCCCUGCCACCCGGCCUUGCUGCUGCUCUCCCUCCUCCUGGCAGCUGGGGUGAUGCCCACGGGUGGGGGUGCUAGCUGCCCGGUCCUGUGCACCUGCCGUAACCAGGUGGUGGACUGCAGCAGCCAGCGGCUAUUCUCUGUGCCCCCCGACCUGCCGAUGGACACCCGCAACCUUAGCCUGGCGCACAACCGAAUCAGCACCGUGCCGCCCGGCUACCUCACCUGCUACAUGGAGCUCCACGUGCUGGAUCUGCGCAACAACUCCCUGGUGGAGCUGCCCCCAGGGCUCUUCCUGCACGCCAAGCGUCUGGCGCACCUGGAUCUCAGCUACAACAACCUGAGCCACGUGCCGGCUGACAUGUUCCAGGCGGCCCACGGGCUCGUGCGCAUUGACCUGAGCCACAACCCCUGGCUGCGCAGGGUGCACCCCCAGGCCUUCCAGGGCCUCGUGCGGCUCCAGGACCUUGACCUCAGCUACGGCGGCCUGGCGUUUCUCAGCCUCGAGGCCCUCGAGGGCCUGCCAGGCCUGGUGACCCUGCAGAUUGGGGGCAACCCCUGGGUGUGCGGCUGUGCCAUGGAGCCCCUGCUCAAGUGGCUCCGGAAUAGAAUCCAGCGCUGCACAGCGGACUCCCAGCUGGCUGAGUGCCGGGGCCCCCCUGAAGUUGAGGGCGCCCCCCUCUUCUCACUCACGGAGGAGAGCUUCAAAGCCUGCCACCUCACGCUGACGCUGGAUGAUUACCUCUUCAUUGCAUUCGUGGGCUUCGUCGUGUCUAUCGCUUCUGUGGCCACCAACUUCCUGCUAGGCAUCACAGCCAACUGCUGCCACCGGUGGAGCAAGGCCAGCGAGGAGGAAGAGAUCUGACGGAGGCGUGCAACCCCUCCCUGGCUGCCCUCUCGGGCCCAGGUACCCCGGCCACCUCUGUGGUGGUUCAAGCAAGAUCAGGACGCUACAUAGUGUGAGCACCUCCUUACUAUUCCGGACACUGUGCUAGGAACUGGGAACCUAAGGCGGAGCACACUGGCCCUGCCCCAGGCACCACUUCCAGGAGGGGACAGAGACUUGGAAUCGUCCCAUUGUGCCCACCUGCCGGGACUCUGAGCGCAGUUACAGCCACCCAAGGCAAGGACCUCACCUGGGUGUCUCAGAAUCAGGAAGGACAAGUGUGGAGUGCUUGUGGGCUGGGCCACCUGCUUUGCAAGUGGCCAGAGCCAGGAGGGGGGCUGCACAGAGCCCUGAGUGCCCCUCCAGCACCAGCCAUCGUCCUCGUGGCUGCCAGCGCUGCCCUGGGGCUGAUAAGGCUCCCACCUCCUGGGCAGCACCCGUCCUCCCUGCUCUGGCCGUGCCACUCUGCCUAGCCUUGGGGACUCCCGGGGUCACAAACCCACAGCAUGGCAGCACCUGGGGCUGGAGCAGGAGGAACCCACCUCAGCCAUGGCCUUGGACAGGCUUGUGUCUUUUUCAAAGCAGCCCAUCGUCCCUGAGCUCUUCCAAAUAUCACCACUGUGAUGCUUGUACUCCCAACAGUCCCUUCCUGAGCUCAUCUUCAGAGGCGAGCGCCGCCGCUCCGGCUUCGCAGGUGAAGAGGCCCAGGCUCAGAGCUAAGGCCACUGCUACUUCAGCAUCAGGUGGGGCUGGGAGCAGGGCUGCACGCCU